CAGUUAUAAUGUCAAAUGUCAUUGUAUUAUUAAUAAAUGUUUUGAGUCUAACAGUUAUUCAUUUUAAACUGGAAUUAGAAAGUUUCAAACAUCUUAAUAUCUUCUUUUAUGUGGUUAAAACGAUUGUGUUUCAGUGGUUUUCCGGUGUUUGAAGUUGGGCCACAACCGGCCUACUAAUACUCUAUGGACGUAACAACAUAUAGCAGUGUGGACAUUUCUAAUAUGGCUGAUGUUCGUAUGACCUUUCUUCUUCAGGACGAUAUUACCGAUGAGUCUAAAGCCUCUUCAGUGAUGACACAAGCUUAUGAUUUAUGCAAGCCAUUAGUGAAAGAUAUACUUUGGGUUAAAGAAGCGAAUUUAAAUGAACUAGAACUAACAAAUCUUGAUUAUCUGGUAGUUGAAAAUUUAGACGGAAAAGAUUUCAGCAAAUUCACCGAUAAGAAAUGCUGUGUUGUGGGACCCAUGGCAAUCAGCGUUUGUUCAGUGGAAGGAAAACCAAUUCCUAAAUUCAAGUGGCCUAUUUUGAAUGUGGCAAUGUACGGAUGUAAAGUUACCAGCACGCACUUAUCAAAAAAUGAUAAAGAAAAAAUUAAAAACAAAGUACAACUGAUGGGUGGCUUGUAUAAUGGAAACUUUACCGAUUUAGUUACGCAUCUAAUAUGCGAUGGAACAAAAUCAGAAAAAUAUAUGCUUGCUGCUGAAAAAGGGGUGAAAUUGAUGCUACCUAAUUGGAUAGAUGAAUUAUUUGAGGAAAAUAAAUCCAAUUAUGUUAGUGCAAAUGAUCCAAAGCUCCUUGAAAAGUUCAAGUGCCCGGCGCUACACAAGUUAACUAUUUGUAGUACAGGUAUUUCAUCAUCCAAGGAAAGAUUGAAAUUAUCUACAGUUAUAGCUGGCAAUGGGGGCAGAAUGGAAAUGAAGCUAAAGUUGUCUGAAACUGAUAUAUUAGUGUGUUGCGGCUCGGCAGGAACCACAAGUGAAAAAUAUAAAGCAGCGAGAAAUACAUCCCAUAUAUCAUGUGUUACCGAGGAGUGGGUUUAUGACAGCAUUAAGAAAGGGUAUGCUUUGCCUCGCGAACAUUAUCAUGUUAAGGUGUUAACAUCAACGCCUACAAAAGAAGGUGAAAAUAUUGAUCCAAAUUUUUCGACGGUUAGUUCCAUCGGCGAAUGUAUACGAAAAUCUCAAAUUAACAAUACUGUAAACGAUACUUAUCUCCCCAAAGACACCCUACAGAAUACUAGAAAUGAUAGCACGAUUACUGGUAGCAGUAAAAGGAAGGCUGAUGAAAAUCUAGUGGAUAAAAUGGAUAUCAAAAAAAUAAAAAAUGGUGGAAACUUUUUGGAUGGUUGCUCAGUUUAUGUUGUGGGUUUUAGCUCGAGCCACCGAGAAAAGCUAAAUAAAAUCAUUAAUAUAAGUGGAGCAACCCGGUAUGAUUCAUUUUCUACCAGAGUUUCCCAUGUUUUGGUUGGCGACCCAACUUGUUCCGAGGUAACUACUAUAAAAGCAAUGGGAGGUCCGUGCUAUUUCGUGAAUGUUAAGUGGUUGUAUGAUUCUAUUAUGCAACAAAGGCAGGCUGAGGAAGAAAAGUAUCUAGUGAGGAGCAAUGAAGCAUCUAAUGGAGCAGACGUUUCUAGAGCCCCAGAAAUGGGUUCACCUUUGAGUCAGAAAGUUUUAAGUUUCCUUCGGAAUGAUAUGUCAUCUGACGCAUCUGAACGGACAAUGGCAAAUCCAGUUGACGAAAAUGAAGAUGUUCUCACACAAAAAUAUCUUGAAAGUAAAGUAAAUAAAGAUGAAGAUGACGAUACAUUAGCAAAACUUCUAAAAGGUCAGGAUAAUUUGACGUCACUUGAAGCCCCUGGGAACGAAAAAUUUACUAUCCAUUCCAAGCUAUCGAAAAAAAGUUCAUCUCCCGUAGAACAGAACAACAUAUCAAACAAGUCAAAUAACACUUUAAUGCAAGCGUCUCAAGUGGCCUCCGAAAUGUGUGAUCUUGAGGUGUCGCCUAUAUUCGAGUCUUGCAAAUUUUUUCUGGGAGACUUUGAAGGCGAAAACGCAGAGUAUUUUCAACAACACAUCACUAACGCUCGUGGAACUGUCGUUGAGAAAAGUUUUAAGGGGGUUUGUGAUUACGUGAUAUUACCCAUGAUUUACGCAAAUCCUAUAAAAUUACCGUCAGCUCAGGAAGUUUUAAAUGACUUGUGGCUGUUGGAAUGUAUAAACAAUAAUUCUUUAUGCAGUAAAAUUGAAUAUUUCCACAGGCCAAUUCAAGUGCCUGCAACUCAACCUUUGAAGGAUUGCGUUGUGACUUUAAGCGGUUAUGUCGAUAUGGAAAGGGAUUUUCUUGGCACUCUUAUUGAGGCCCUCGGAGGAAUAUUUCAAGAGCUGUUGUGUCGUAAGGCUCGUCCGGAAAAAAAUAUCAUGAUGUCCACUCAUCUAGUUAGUGCAGAAGCUAGUGGAAAGAAGUAUGAAGGUGCGUUAAAAUGGAAUUUGCCUGUGGUAACUAAGGAUUGGCUUUUGGAAUGUUUAAAGACGGGCAUAAAUGUUCCUUUGCAAGAGUUUCUAAUUGGGAAAAGUAAAAGUGUUGUCAAACCUGAAACUGAUGAAGGUCAGUGUAGUAAAUUUUGCGCACCUGGAAAUACGGAAUCUACACCGGUAAAAAUCCCCAAUAAAUUGGUUACCCCAAUAAAUAAAAUCCUGAAGGACCCUUUUAAUGAUAGAGUCAUGUCGACGCCGCCAACAGCUUGGAGUCCCAAAACCCCAGAAACGCCGAUUGGCCAAUUCAUCAGACCAAAUCCAUCGCCUGGGUUGCGAAAGGAGAUGCAGAGAUAUGUUAACUCAUUUCCAGAUUUUGUUCCGCCCAAACGCCGAAAUAGCACACCGCUGUCGGAACUAAAACGACGUCUUAUAGACAAAGUCUUGGGUAGAGAAGAGUAUGCACUUCAAGAUGACGCUAGGUUAAUGACAGAUAAAGAAGAAACCCAAGAGCCUGAAAGUGAACAUCCAGUGGAUCAGCAGCCGAAUGUUGAAUGUAAUGAGACAGCUGUUCAUCAAAAAUUGCAAGAACUGCAUCUCAGAGUGAUGGCCAGUGGCAGCUCGAGUGCCACUAAACGAUCGAGUAGAACGUUCGAGAGUGUGGUGAAUGUUCCAGGUAUUGUUAAAACCAAUACUGAAAUCCAAUCUCAAGUGUGUACAGUAGGCUGGGAUUUUGGCGAAGAAAAGGCUCAAAAUUCUGUAAAGAAAGUGUUUCUGCUGUCUGGGAUUGAGGCAACUAAACGUAGUCAACUUGCAAACGAUUUAAAAAAAUUGGGAGGGCUGAUUUCGGAAAUGGGAGCUUAUGAUCCUUCAUGUACCCAUUUGGUUUGCGGAAAGCCGGGAAGAAAUGAAAAAACGCUAGCUUGUAUGGCAGCUGGUAAGUGGAUAAUACAUACAUCCUACGUGGAUAACUGUAUAGCUGCUGGACAUUUCUUGGAUGAAGAGGAGUACGAAUUUGGUAAUCCCAAGGCACGUGUCAACAUUCAGUUUGAAGAUAAAGCCAGUUGCAUCCCGUUCUGGAGAAAAGAAAUUAAGAGAAGAGGUUAUGGUGCGUUUAGCGACUUACGAGCUAUCGUCGUCGCCGGAAACCGAGAGCCAAUUGUCAAUGUUAUAGAAGCGGGUGGAGGCGUUGUGGUCAGCGUGAAUCCUCCGUUUGAUGAUCCAAUUCACGCAACUCAUUGUCUGAUUGAAUUGAAAACUGUUAAAGAUCUGUCGGCGUUUGUGGUACUAGCCGAACAAGGAAUCAAAUGUAUUAAUACAAUUUAUAUCAAUGACUUUUUAUGGAGAAGUAACAAAGAAGAUGUUGAUUACGUGAUACCAUACUUCUCAAAAUAUUAUAGGUGAUUUGACUUGUGUUAUCAAUCAGUACGUAAUAAACCUUUAUUUUUUACAAAAAA